AUGAGAGAGGUAACUCUGGGUCUUUCCUGUGGCGGUCCUCAUGAGAGCCAGGUAACUCUGGGUCUUUCCUGUGGCGGUCCUCAUGAGAGCCAGUUCCAUCAUAGCACAGCAGAGGUAACUCUGGGUCUUUCCUGUGGCGGUCCUCAUGAGAGCCAGGUAACUCUGGGUCUUUCCUGUGGCGGUCCUCAUGAGAGCCAGGUCCAUCAUAGCACAGCAGAGGUAACUCUGGGUCUUUCCUGUGGUAGUCCUCAUGAGAGCCAGUUCCAUCAUAGCACAGCAGAGGUAACUCUGGGUCUUUCCUGUGGCGGUCCUCAUGAGAGCCAGGUAACUCUGGGUCUUUCCUGUGGAGGUCCUCAUGAGAGCCAGUUCCAUCAUAGCACAGCAGAGGUAACUCUGGGUCUUUCCUGUGGCGGUCCUCAUGAGAGCCAGGUAACUCUGGGUCUUUCCUGUGGCGGUCCUCAUGAGAGCCAGGUAACUCUGGGUCUUUCCUGUGGCGGUCCUCAUGAGAGCCAGGUAACUCUGGGUCUUUCCUGUGGCGGUCCUCAUGAGAGCCAGGUAACUCUGGGUCUUUCCUGUGGAGGUCCUCAUGAGAGCCAGAUAACUCUGGGUCUUUCCUGUGGCGGUCCUCAUGAGAGCCAGGUAACUCUGGGUCUUUCCUGUGGCGGUCCUCAUGAGAGCCAGGUAACUCUGGGUCUUUCCUGUGGCGGUCCUCAUGAGAGCCAGGUAACUCUGGGUCUUUCCUGUGGCGGUCCUCAUGAGAGCCAGGUAACUCUGGGUCUUUCCUGUGGAGGUCCUCAUGAGAGCCAGGUAACUCUGGGUCUUUCCUGUGGCGGUCCUCAUGAGAGCCAGGUAACUCUGGGUCUUUCCUGUGGCGGUCCUCAUGAGAGCCAGGUAACUCUGGGUCUUUCCUGUGGCGGUCCUCAUGAGAGCCAGGUAACUCUGGGUCUUUCCUGUGGCGGUCCUCAUGAGAGCCAGUUCCAUCAUAGCACAGCAGAGGUAACUCUGGGUCUUUCCUGUGGCGGUCCUCAUGAGAGCCAGGUAACUCUGGGUCUUUCCUGUGGCGGUCCUCAUGAGAGCCAGGUAACUCUGGGUCUUUCCUGUGGCGGUCCUCAUGAGAGCCAGGUAACUCUGGGUCUUUCCUGUGGCGGUCCUCAUGAGAGCCAGGUCCAUCAUCGCGUUUGAUGCCACUGCACUUGAAGAAACAAUUUUAGUUCUUGAAAUGUUCCGUAUUGAUGGACCUUCAUGUCUUAAAGUAAUGAUGGACGGUCGUUUCUCUUUGCUUAUUUGAGCUGUUCUUGACAUAAUAUGGACUUGGUCUUUUACCAAAUAGGGCUAUCUUCUGCUACCCCCCCCACACACACCUUGUCACAACACAACUGAUUGGCUCAAACACAUUAAGAAGGAAAGAAAUUCCACAAAUUCACUUUUAAAAAGUCACACCUGUUAAUUGAAAUGCAUUCCAGGUGACUACCUCAUGAAGCUGGUUGAGAGAAUGCCAAGAGUGUGCAAAGUUGUCAUCAAGGCAAAAGGGUGGCUACUUUGAAGAAUCUCAAAUAUAAAAUAUAUUUAAAAAAUUUGGCACCUACAUGAUUCAUUAUUUGUUAUUUUAUAGUUUUUGAUGUCUUCACUAUUAUUCUACAAUGUAGAAAAUAGUUUUUUUUAAAUAAAGAAAAACCCUUGAAUGAGUCUGUGUGUCCAGACUUCAGACUGGUAGUGUAAAUGGGUGAUAUUUUAAUAAUAAUUAAGGAAGUUCUGGAAGUACUGUCCAAAGUGUCUACCAAUUUUGCUAUUAUGAUAUAAAGGUUAUAUGAUUUGGUUUGUAAAUUAUUAAAUACAAAUAUAUAUUUACAAAGUUGUAAAAACAACUGCACAUUAAAAAGCUUUACCUCUCGCCAACUCUGUCAUAUUAGCUCUACAGUGAACUAGGAUUAUCCUCCACAGUGAACUGCUGGGAAAUGAUUUCCACCCAUACUUCUGAGAUAAAAUAGUCAAAUAAUAUUAAAUGAUAUAUCCUCAUACUCCCCAAAACAUGUUAAAGAUGCAGUCUCAAUUAAUCAUUAGGUAACCUUUCAGAGAAAUGGUAAUUCAUUAUUUUUUGGGGGGAAAAAAAACAAUAAAAUGGAAGAACACUCAGAUAACUAGUGACUUUCUAUGUUGGUUGUUUUGAUAAAAUAAAGGUAUUUACAACCCCUCAAAAGUA